UCCGGCGCUCAGUUUCUCCAACUCUACACCGCCGCUCGCAGCCUAGCCCUCCCUCGUCUCCGCCAUGGCACCCCUCAACAUGGAAGCCCUGCAGUUCGACCGCCAAAGCCAGACGCUCAAGCACACCAAGGUGGCGGUGCCCACGGCCGCGGACAAGCACGAGGUCAUCAUCAGGAUCGCGUACGCCGGCAUCUGCGGCACCGACCUGUCCAUCAUCGCGGGGCGCGUCCCGUGCAAGACCGACCCCGUCGUCCUCGGCCAUGAGAUGAGCGCCGUGGUCGUGGAGGUCGGCAGCAACGUGUUCCACGUGUCCGUGGGCGACCACGUGGUGGUGGACCCCAACCGGGCGUGCCACACGUGCCACGACUGCACCUCCGGCAACUACAACGUGUGCCCCGUCAGCCCCUGCCGCGACACCGUGGGCAUUAUGAGGGACGGCGCCUUCGCCCAGUUCUGCAAGGUGCCCGCCGACCAGGUGUACAAGCUGCCCAAGGACAUCUCUUUGAAGCAGGGUGUGCUCUGCGAGCCCAUGUCCUGCGUGGCGCACUGCUGGGACCGCCUGAGCCCGGUGGCCAUGGGCAGCAGCAUCCUCAUCACCGGCGCCGGCAUCAUCGGCGUGCUCUGCUGCGUGUCAGCGUACCACCUCGGCCACCGCGAAAUCUACAUCUCCGAGUUCAGCGCGGGCCGCAGGGCCAUUGCGCAGAAACUGAACAUCGAGGGCCUCCACGUGGUGUCCCCCGACGAGCUGGCGGCCAAGAAGGCCGCGGACCGCAACUUCGGCUUCGACGUGGUCAUCGACUGCAGCGGCGCCAUCCCCGCCCUCGAGUCCGGCUUCGAGCUGCUCAAGCCCCGCGGCAAGCUCAUCGUGUUCGGCAUCGCCGCCCCCGACGCCAAGAUGAGGGUUUCCCCCUACGAGUUCUACAGGAAGGAACUCACCCUGCUCGGCAACACCAUGAACCCCUACACGUUCAACAAGUCUAUCGGCUACGUCAGUGGGAUGAAGGAGCUGCUGGACUUCGACAGAGUCGGCGUUCGCGUGUUCAAGCUGAGCGAGUACGAAGAAGCCAUGGCCGCGCUGGCGAAGGGCACCAUCAGCAAGGCGGUGUUCGAGAUCGGCGCUUAGUUCCCUUGUUGCUGUGAUGUGUCACUUCACCCCCCCCCCCAUUUGUAAAUAUUUCGCAUUUUCAACACUACGUACUCGAUGUAACCGCGCAUUUUUUUACGUAAUAAACCGUCUCGUAAAAUAA